AUGUCUCAGCUAGAGUCCGACAAGGAUGCCCUGCAACUCACUCUGGCCCAGUAUGGGCUCCGAAUGGCUGCGGAUGGCUAUCACAUCCAGUGGGCCGUUGGCAAUCCGAGACAUCCUCGCAACUGGGACAUUUCUCGAAAGAUCUAUGAUGCUUCACUCUUGAUCUUUCUCGAAUUCUUCACCACUGCUGUCAGCACGGCCGGUUCAACGGCUGCGAACGUUGUAGCGGUGGAGUUCGACUUGUCAGAAGAACUAUGUAUCUUCUUGUUCGUAACGGUGUAUCUGCUCGGACAAGCCAUCGGGGGAAUUAUCUUGCCGCCGUACUCGGAAUGUUUUGGCCGCAAAAAGCUCUACAUCAUCAGCUCUGUGACCUACAGCAUAUCUUGCAUCAUCGUCGCCGCCGUUCCGUCCAUCAAGGGAGUUGUGUUUGGCCGUCUUCUCGGCGGGUUUCUCUCUGCUAUUCCGAGCACCAUCGUUGUCGGCAGUAUCGAGGACAUGUUCAACUCUCGAGAUCGGGUCUGGAUGAUCUGGAUAUGGGCCCUUGUGGCUAACCUUGGUUUGGUUGUUGGGCCAAUCAUGGGCACAUUUACCACAACUGAUCUGAACUGGAGAUGGCUCUUCUAUAUUUCCGCUGUCGUGACCGGAAUCUUGACUCUCCUCUUGUUGGGAAUACGUGAAUCCCGCCCUUCUCUGUUGCUGGAGCGAGAAGUGGCCAAGCUCCGGCAAAUAACCAACAUCGACUGUCUCACGAGUUCCAACCCUGACAGUGCGCCCGAUCUACGGACAUUCGUCCGCGUCGCGCUAGGCCGCCCCAUCCGUCUCUUUUUCACAGAGCUCAUUGUCUUCACCGUUUCGGUCAUGAGCGCCGUGGCGACCGCACUCGUCUACCUCUUCACCCAAGCUCUGCCGCCAAUAUACAUAAGUCAGGGCUUCACACCUAAACAGGCAUGCCUUCCAUUCAUCGCCAUCGGUGUCGGGCUAAGCCUGGGAUUGUUGACGCGAUACCUGGACCUGCACCUGAUCGAACGGCGUCGCAAAGGUGGUCACAUCCUCUUACCCGAGCACAAACUAGCUGGGUUCUGGAUCGGAUCUGGCGUGCUCGCCGGAUCACUCUGGGUCUUUGCCUGGACGAUCCCCCCGGCAGUACAAGGCCUGCACUGGGUCGUGUCCGUGCUCGCCCUUGUUCUCAUCGGGUACGCGCUGAACGAAAUCGACUAUGUGCUGGGCGGGUACCUCGCAGACAGCUACCUCAGCUACGCAGCAAGCGGCCUGGCGGCCCUCAGCCUGAUCCGGGCGCUUCUUUCAGGUAUCCUGCCCCUUGUGUCAAGUCCCAUGUUCGGCCAGCUCGGGGCCAACGUGGCCGUUUCGCUGCUGGCCGCCGUCGCAACGGCAUUCUGCCUUGUGCCACCUCUCUUUUCGCGGUUCGGUGAAACGAUACGCGCCAGGAGCAAGUUCGCCAAGUACAGUUUAGACAUGUACCACGAGCAUAGUGUCGACGAAGACGGUUAUUAG